AUAAACACCCUCAUCUCACUAUUAUCCAACUACCUAUUAACCACACUACUUAUUACCAUCGCGUUCUGACUACCUCAACUAAACACCUACACAGAAAAGACCAGCCCAUAUGAAUGCGGAUUCGACCCUACGGAAUCCGCACGAUUACCAUUCUCCAUAAAAUUCUUCCUAGUCGCAAUCACGUUUCUCCUAUUCGACCUAGAAAUCGCCCUCCUCCUUCCCCUUCCAUGGGCAUCCCAAUCUCCAAACCUGAAAUUAACAAUUCUAAUAUCUCUAGGAUUAAUCCUAAUUCUAGCGCUAGGGCUAGCUUACGAAUGAUCUCAAAAAGGCCUAGAAUGAGACGAAU